AUGACCUACUUUUGGGUCCAAAUGGUUCAUUUUGGGAUCAGGAGUAUGGCUUCUCUUAUAACCACCGCGAAGUUGUGGAUUGAAGUCGAAGGAGAGAAGGGCGAUUUUGGAAGGUUUCUGUUGCUCAAUCCGUAUAUCGCAAAGAGCGAUCUAUGGAGCGAGUACUAUUCGAAGCAGGUGAUGAUGAGCAAGGAGGUGAAGGAGGCUAUGGUACUACCAGAUAAGAAACCUUUGCCUAACCUCGUUACGCAGGAUUUAGUUGAUAAGAUUCGGAUGCGAUGA